CUAUUGCAGCUUAACGUCGAGUUGCCACGGGCGAUGACUCUUACUGCGGGCGAACAACAGUACGUGACUGGGAAUAGACUACAAUCCAGGGGGCGCGUACGGGCACUUACUGACUAGGUAGGUAUUAUCCCCUCCCAGUACGAUGCUGAUCCUGACCCCGGCGUGGCUGGUGAAACGGACGAUCGCAACUGCAGAAAUAUCGGCCUUCCCUUGAACCUACUUUCUGUGUAUGUACUUACCGUAAGCACGCAUUCCGCUCUUGCGGCGAGGAUGCGCAGCAGGUAUGGGAGAGAGUACGAGUACAUAAACCAGACCUGGGCGCCAUGCUUUUGUGUCUCUACUUCUUCCAGAAUCCAGACUACAUACAACCCGCCGAGCAUUUCCACUCCCGACGUCUACCUUCGCCUACCAACCAUGCAAUUCACCUUCACUUCCCUUGUCGUUGCCGCCCUCGUCGGGCUGAGCUCCUGCGCGGACCCGACCACAACACUCAGCCCGGCGCAGCAAUCCGCCAUGUCGGCAGCCUCGCAGCGUAUCCAAACGGGGUACUCGACCGUGGCAGGAUACAACGGGUUCGUGACGGCCUACGAGACGUUCGUGAGCAAUUUCUGGGCGACACAGACCGUGAUACCCGGAUUGGAGACGACCGCGACUGCUACGACGUUCCCGUACGAGCAGGUGACCAAGCUGGCUAGGAAGCAGGAGGAGGCCAUCUUGGAUUUUGUCGCCACCCAGACGUACAUCACUGGCACCCCGAGGGAGAGCCUCGUCAAGGACUUUGAUACUGCCCUGCAGGUUCCUGGUGCGGCGAACGGGAGGGGGGCGCAAGCUGCGGGUGGCGUGGCGGCUGCGGCGGCGGUGGGCGUCGCGGCGGUGCUCGGUUGGGUGCUGUAGGGGAAGGGAGGCGUGGAUCCGCGCGUGCGACGCGGAUGGCGGGAGAGAUACGAUGUAAUGAAAAUGUUUGUUUGUUUAGGGAGCUGGCGUUGAAUGUAUGGAAGUGGUUGGUGGUUUGGAGACGAUUAUUCAACACCUGCUGUUUGGUACAUCUGGUGCACCAACUCUGGCAUGGUGUCUGCGAAAGAGCCGAGAGUCGCUGAUCCACAGCCGAAGCAGCACUACAUAUCGAAUCCAUCAUCAGUAACGUGAACCAUGUUGACGCA